UCCAAAUGAGCCCCCAGUAGCACCUUUUUGUUCCUAGGAGUAAAACUACGUGAACAGCGCCAUCUUUUGGAAAACAUAAGAUUUAGUUUUUUGUGUUUCUAGUUCAUUUUGGACAAAUUUGAACGCAAUAUUCUUCCAGUUUGUUUUAAAUAUAACUAAUUUCGUGGUCUCAGUCAAAAAGCUAACGUUUGCCGGUUUAGCUGAAAUGGCCAAAAGGCUGCUUUGCUCUCCAAACCAAAGUGACGUCGUCAGUUUGAAAUUUCGAGAAGCUUCUUCUGAGCUGCUCACUGAUUUUCUGUUUAAUUUCAACAAAAGGAACAAAGACAGUCUCAACAGUUUAUCAGAAUGUAGCGGCACCUUUAAGAAUAAAAGACUCAUAGAGCACAUCCUCCUGAUAUCCAGAGAACUGAGACUUGACCCGCUGGCUGGAUACCACGCUAUUGAAUUACUUCAAAGGUUCAUGGUGAAGCACCUUACAGAUUUGCUCACCACGCCCACUCCUCCAGGUGCAGCUGGUGAGCAACCAAGAAGUUACGAAGAUGCUAUUUUUGCCAAGCUCAAAGACAGAUUCCCCCUCGUCGUCUUCUCCUGUGUGCAGCUCGCGAGCAAAAUGUCUUUGCACAGUCAUAUGAUUGACAACAACACUGCGGUGCGCUUUCUGCACUCAGCCGGCCACCGUGUUUCCAAACAGACUGUCCUAGAGUCGGAGCUGAUGGUCUUGAAAGGGCUUGAGUUCAACGUAAAUGUCACAAACCCUAUGACGUACGUGGAAAUACUCCUGGAGGUGCUCGGACACAACGAGCCGUCCAUCCCUGUGGACCGACUUUAUCACCACUGCCAGCAUGUUGUCCAGUUCAUCAGCCUGCAGAGGACGGCCAUCUUCGACACCUUGUUAACGACGACCACUCAGUGUGUCGAGCCAUCCAUGGAACAGAGAGAGAAGUUUGUGACAGUGACAGAAGACUGCAUGCUCCUUGGUGUUGGUGUCAUCGCCGUGGCUACAUUCAUCCUCCAUUUCAGAAAAUGGAAGCAGGUAGUCGGAGAACUGAGCCACAUCACUGGAAUCUCAGGGAGGAGCAUCAGUGAAUUCGCUCAUGUGACAUUGGUGCACAUAGUCGGUACUGGUUUCCCUCAAUUAUAAACUUUAAUCCUGACAACUAAUCCACUGAACACUUCAUAGGAUUUUUUUUUUUUUUUAUGGUUAAGUUUGUAGAUGUUGACACAGCAAAGAAAAUCUGUUUACUAGAACAUACCUGAAUAAUUUUACCUGUCCUUUCUGUUAAGCAAGAUUAAUUUAAAUGUUACAGAUGAAACGUUUACCUGUCAGCAUAUAUUAAUUUCUACAUCUGAUUUAGCGUUAUUAUAGCAAAACAGUAGCUUCAUAUACUGAUCCACUCGACUGAAUUAAAUGCGUUGUAGUUUACUGUAAUACUGAUGUGUUUUGUGUCACAAUUUGAACUGAACUUGGACUUGUGUUUUGAGAGGGGGGUCCUCGUCUCUGAAUCUUCCAGAGAUGCUUGAAAAUGCCUUUUUUGGCAAAAUCAGUCUGCAGAGAGA